GGCUCAUUUACCUGCCCUUUUUGGAGAGUAGCUGUAUACUAUCUUGCACCGGGCCGCAUGCGGAGAACGGCUUUGGCCGCGUGCAGCGUUUCUGGUGAGGGCUUUGGGCAAUAUAUACUUUCCUAGUGGAAACGGAAUUUUGUCUGGUCGUGGUUUUGUUCACACCGUCGACAUUGUGAUAUUGAAGAACAGCAUCAGGCAAGAUGUCGAUAGAAGUGAAAAAGGCUGUGGAUGUCGACAAUCUCGUCAUUCCUAUAAUAAACUUCUCCCACUUCCUAAGUGGCACUCCCUCGCAGCGUAUCCAAACCGCUCAAUCCAUUCUCCACGGUUUCCGCACCGCAGGAUUUAUCUACCUUUCCCACCACCCCAUUCCCCCACCCAUCCUAUCCCACACCUUUUCCACAUCCGCCAAAUUCUUCGCUCGUCCCUCUUCUGAAAAAGAUCCACUAGCCUGGACUACACCCCUCGCAAAUCGCGGUUAUGUAGCUCAUGGUCGCGAGAAAACCACUACACUCACGGAUAAAAAAGCGGUUGAGGAAUUGAAAGCCCAAGCACCAGAUUUGAAAGAGAGUUUUGAGAUUGGGCGAGAAGGUCAAGAACAACUGCCCAAUAAUUGGCCUUCUAUUACUCCCUCAGACCCUGAUGCCAAAGAGUUCAAAGAGACGAUGUUGAAGUUCCAUGAUUUGUGCAAGGAGCUUCACAUAAAUGUCAUGCGCGCAAUUGCUCUCGGAAUGUCGCUCCCCGAAUCUUAUUUUGACGGAUUCACAAGUGCGGGAGAUAAUACACUCCGUUUACUACAUUAUCCACCUGCGAAAGCAAGUGUGUUUAAGGAAAAUAAAUUGCAAGUUAGAGCUGGGGAGCAUACAGAUUAUGGGAGUAUCACACUUCUUUUCCAAGAUGACAGAGGAGGACUCCAAGUAAAAAGUCCCAAAGGAACAUUUGUUGAUGCGACCCCGGUGCCGGGAACCGUGGUAGUCAAUGCAGGAGAUUUGUUGGCAAGGUGGAGUAAUGAUUUUAUUAGGAGUACAUUGCAUAGGGUUGUGGAACCGCCUCCUAAGGAAGGGGAAGAGGUUCCGGAAGAGGGUGUCUAUCCCGCGAGAUACAGUCUUGCGUACUUUUGUAAUCCAAACUUCGAUCGGAUGAUUGAGGCAAUUGAGGGGACGUAUGGAGGGGAACUCGGGGACAGAAAAUAUGAAGGGAUCAAUUCGGGAGAGUAUCUGGUACAGAGAUUGGCUGCUACUUACUGAGUUCUACUUGGAUUUAUGUGGUUACAUAUCAUAUACGUUGUAAAUUCAAUAGUUGAGAUUCCGUGUAUUGGUUUUCUGUUUUUGGCAAUUGUGUGUGGACAAUAGAAGAUCAGAAGAGAACAUUCUUCAAAGUAGGCCCAGUGCCCAUGCGGACAAGUCUAUCUUACCGAGAGAAAAAAAUCAUGAGCAAAGGAACCCGUUAGGAGUCGA